GGUCUGAUAGGAUCACUUGGCCGGAAGGUCUAGGGCGGAUGAUUUGGUAUUAGCCGAGAUGGCGGCUGCUGCAGCGAGUAGGGGGAUCCGUGCCAAAUCGGGCCUCCGUGAGAUUCGUAUCCACUUAUGCCAGCGCUCGCCCGGAAGCCUGGGAGUCAGGGACUUCAUCGAGAAACGCUAUGUGGAGCUGAAGAAGGCGAACCCCGACCUGCCCAUCCUAAUCCGCGAGUGCUCCGAUGUGCAGCCCAAGCUUUGGGCCCGCUACGCAUUUGGCCAAGAGAAGAAUGUCUCUUUGAACAACUUCAGUGCUGAUCAGGUAACCAGAGCCCUGGAGAAUGUGCUACGUGGCAAAGCCUGAAGCCUCCACUGAGGAUUAAGAGCAAGAGCCCCAGAGCCUGAGCUCUGCUGGACUGAGUACAAUGUGGAGAAAUGUGUUCUGUUCUUUAUAAAGCUUGUGCUGAAAAUGCUGUC